AGGGAUUCAUUUUUCAUUUUCAUUAUUCGCAAACAAUGAACGAAAACGAUCCGACGAUUAUGUACUCGACAUUCGACGCGUGUUCUGUAAAAGUUAGCAAGCCUCGUGUUCGCGAUCGAUCUCAUCGAUCAAUGAGAACAACAAUCAGCUCGAAGCACGCGAUGCUUGGCAAUCAUUCAUUCUCCGGCACGGUACAGUAUGCAUCCCACCGAUCGCGGUUCCAUCCGCGAGUCGCCGUCGGGUUACCAAACAGACGUAUCGCGUCGCAUCGGAUUCAUGUGUUCACGGGAGAAAACAUUCACAUACGUAUAGAUACACAUAGACACGCGCGUCGAUCCAGUGGCUAUGGCAAUGGCACGCAACACACCCAGUAUAACCGGUGUACACACGCCAGCACACGCCAGCUACAAGGGAAAGGAGAAGAGAGAACACCGGGUAGGGAAGCGACGCCCUUGUGUACGAUGGUAGGGGAAGAGAACAGGAAACAGCCGGCCGGGUACGUAAGACGCGGGCGAGGGGACUGUACGAGUCGAGUCGAGUGUGGCCCUGCUGCUGGCUGGCUGGCUGGCUGACAAAGUAGUCGUGGCGUGUGGAGUGUCCGAUUCACCGUCGUACCGCGCGUGGGACCAGUAUACGUCGUCUCGAUUUGUUUCUUCGCCGAUUCUCCUCGGUGUUCCCCGGCGGGAACGCAGUGGAUACCAAGUGGUGCGGUGUAAUCUCAAGUGUAACAUCGGUUACCGCGGGUCGUUCCGCGAUGUCUCAGCGCUGAACACUUGACGGAAUCGAAUUCGUUUAUUUCCAAUCUCGUUCAACUUGGAUCCUCUUCAGAGAGAGAGAGAGGGAGAGAUAACAAAGUUCCUCGGCGGAACGUGAUUCCGAUCAGUGAUUCGAUCGUUUCGUAACCGGGAUCCGUUCACGGUUUCCAAAUAUUUGGCAACAGAAGUCGUGCACAGGUCGCGCGAAAACUCUUAAAGAUAUUCGCGAGAGUGGCGGCCGAGUAUUACGCAAACGAUGUUCGUAGAACCUUUUAACGCCUAGUAGAUAUUAGAUUUCUAGGCGUGCAUCGGUUGCUUCGUCGAACUGGUGGAGGUUGCUACGCUCUGGUGAGCUCGCGAUUUCUCAGGCGGGAAAAGUUUGUAAAGUCGCGACAUCGAGUGAGGAUCGAUUGUUAUAGAAACGAAAGUGGUGGUCGGACAGUCGCGCAGGCAGAUGGAAUGGAAAAUUCUUCUAUAGUGAAACGAUAGCCUAAUCUCCAGCAGUUAUUGACCAGAAACCAGGAGAAGAAACGUAUCUUAAUGAUCCGUCAUCGUCGUUGUCAUCGUCGUCGUCGUGGUGGUUGAGCUCGUGCGCCGCGUUACAAAUGAAAACGUGACCGUAUCGUUUGUGGACACAUCCGGACAAAGAAGCGUGGAACGCUUGAUAAACCAAAGGUCGCGAGCGGAGGCCGGGGAAUGAGAUGAUGAUGAUGAUAAUUGAAGAUAGAAUGGAGAGAGGAAAGAAGGAUGCGGUGAAUUGGUAAAAAUCAUCGGGAAGAAAGUUGGAAAGUUGAUCGUCGUCGUCGUCAAUCGCCGCGACUGUUCAUGUUCACGCGAGAUAACAAUUCGAUUCGAACUGAUCGAGUUUCAAGCGAAAUAAUAAAAAUGGAAGAAGAAUCGGUCUCGGUUUUAUUGAUAGCCAAGAUAGGAGCGAUGAUCGGUCUUGGACUCGGAUCUCUGCUCCUGGGUAUAUUACCGUUGAUCGUCGGACGUUACAGACUGAACCAUCGUCAGAAGCAUCGUGGUGGAAUUUCCAUCAUCAACUGCAGUACCUGCACGUCGGCGUCGGUUUCGAAUGCAUCAUCCGCCAGCGUGAUCACCGCGUCUGCGUCGGACUCGCAAGGGCUGCAAACGUCGUUGCUGCUUUGUUUCGGUGGAGGGGUCCUCCUGUUCACCACGUUCCUGCACCUAGCCCCAGAGGUUCGCGUCAGCGUGGAGAGACACCAGGCGAACGGUCAGCUGCCUAGUUUGGGCGCCCUCAGCCUGUCGGAGCUACUGUUCUGCGCCGGAUUCUUCCUCGUCUACUUCGUUGAGGAGGCAGUGCACGCAGCGUUGACGGGAAAACCUGACUCGUCCGAGGCGUUGCUUUACAGAACGGUAUCCGUGCGCAGAUGCAACAAUCAAUCGACGGGGUCCACUUCGGCCGGAACAUCGACGGGUUCGACUACCACCGUGUCUACUACGACCAGAUGGUCCACUUGGAGAGACGGAGGUAACGACGACGACGACGACGAGGACGACGAGGAUUUAGAAGACAGCGAAACCGAUACGAACAAACACUCCAGGCAGCAGCAGCAGCAACAACAACAACAACAACAGGAGUACCUUGAGGAGCUGCGCGAUGGAAAACAAGAUAAGAUGCUGCCCGCUAUAUUCGUCUUAUCUUCUCCCACCACCGGGAUAUCUUCGGUGAAACAGCAGCAGCAUCAUCGGGGUAACCACAAGGGUAACCACCAGGACAGCGUGCGACGGCUCUCCGACGCGGAAUCGAAUCGAAAUUAUCAUCGUAAAACGAAGCAUCGGCGGGAACACGCGCACGCUCCUGCGACGAAGAACACUUCGAUACAAGGGUUGUUGACGGUCUUAGCUUUGUCUUUCCAUGCGAUUUUCGAAGGUUUAGCCGUCGGUCUCGAACCGUCUCUCAGCUCCGUGGUUUAUCUAGCUGCUGCUAUAGCCACGCACAAGCUCGUGAUCGCGUUCUGCGUCGGGAUGGAGCUGUACGUUGCCGGGGCUUCUGCCAGGACCACUCUCAGUUAUUUAACGAUAUUCUCCAUGGUCACGCCGAUUGGUAUCGCUGUCGGAUUGGCGCUGGGAUACUUGAAGAACGACAGUGAAAAUCUGGGACCUACCCCGACGAUUCUACAAGGGAUGGCGGCGGGCACGCUGCUCUACGUGGUUUUCUUCGAAGUGCUGGCACGUGAGAGAGCUAACGAGAAAAGUGGCCUCUUGCAGUUGACCGCUAUAAUUAUCGGGUUCAUGCUGAUGCUGGGCCUGCAGAUCGCCACGGCGCAUUCUCACUCUCACUCCCACUCGCAUUCGUACGGAGGUGACUCGAACGAAGGCAUGCACGUGCACGAGCAGCACGGUCAUCCGGACGAUCGCUAUCAUCACGAUGAACUGGACUCCCACGCCCACGAGCGCGUUUCGACCGAAAGGGUGCUCGCCGACGGGAUCGACCGAGUGACGGAAUCUAUCGCAGAAGUUGUCAGCAACGUUCUCUCGUCGACGAUCAAAACUACGGGCGAUGAAUUGCCUUUCAGGAGAAACGAAACGUCGCACACGGAGAGUCAAUAAGAGUCAAUCCACCGGCACGCGCGAUCAGAUCCCUCGACUUGGACUAUGUGCGCGUACGUGGUCAAUAAUAAUCGGACGUAUCAUUAUCAUCAUCAUCAUCAUCAUCAUCAUCAUCAUCAUCAUCAUCAUCAUCAUCAUUAUCAUCGUCAUCAUCGUCAUCGAUUGGUGUAACACAGGAUAACUGGCGUGGGUCACUGUGCUGGUGUGGAUUUAACAUAGACUUUGCAAUAUUUCUUCAAAUCGGACACACACAGAAGUUGUUUUAGUAGGUCUCUUAAUUAUAACUAAUCACUGAAAUAUCUUUCGUCUAGAAAACAUUAUUUGUGUAUCUCAUCGUCAGGUAAUUAAAUGCGCAAGAUUAUUUUAAAUAUUAUUUAAAAAAGGAAAGUUAAUAUGCCCGUCAAUCACCGUGCUAUUGAAUUUGUACACAUUUGUAAAUACUGUGCAUCGGCUACUGUAUCCCCAGCGGUUGUACGUACACAUUGUAUACUGUGCGCAUAAUGGUAGCAGCUACUGCACCUUCCAUCCAAAUGUGCCGUGUUGACUGUGCGCAUCGAUUAUAGUUACGAGAAAUGUAAACUCUAAAAUUUAUACUCUCCGAAAAAGUUUAAUUGAACACGCGACCCGUGAGCUUUUUAAAAGCGCGUGAAUCGCAAGGUCGAAACAUGAAACAUUAUUUUCAGUAUCUAUAAAGCUUCUUGUAAUACGCAGGUCGAUGAGCCCAAUUAAGAGAUGUCAAAAGCUGUGUAUAAAAAUAUAUCUGGCGGUACAGUUGUAAGAGGGGGUCGGGGGGGGGGGG